AUGGGUGGUAUUGCCUUUUCACUCAAAGACCCUCGCGGCCUCAAUACGCCCCGCAUGCCACCGAAUGUAUAUCGUCAAGUUCGUGAUCAUUGCCAUUCGGCGUUGAGAAAACGAUUCAUGGCGGUUGCCUCACCGAUUGAAGCGCCAGCCAAGAAAGACUAUGGCGAUGUGGAUGUUUUCGUGGCAUGGGACAAGACGCAAACUCCGCUGGGCAACUUUGAGGAUAUUGGACAACUACUGGGCGCGCCGUACGCCAGAGUCGAUGAUCUGGUAAAUUGCGAAGCGCAAUUCGCCGUUCCUUGGCCAGAAGGCCUGGACGAGCCAGACGGCUCGGUAUACGAGUUGAAUCUUCGUUAUUGCCAGAUUGAUUUGCAUAUCUGCCAGAGUAUUAACGAACUCCAUUGGAUGCUUUGGUACUACGCUCACGGAGAUCUCAAGCCGAUGAUUCAAAACAUGAUACGGCCUUUCAAUAUCACCAUUAGCACUAAAGGACUAUUCUUGCGCAUUCCCGAGAUCAGGAAUGGCUCAAAACGCAUAUUGAUAACCAACGAGCCCAGCGAAGCACUCCGACUACUCGAUUACGAUCCGUUCGAUCCAGCAUGGGAACACGAGUUUACGAGCAUAGAGCAACUAUUCAAAUUCACGACAAAAUGUCGUUUCUUUGGCGGAUUUCAUCACACCGAGCUUACAGGAGAGGAUGGCAGGAUCAUGGCUGUUCGUGAUGUAUUUAAAUCAUGGGUAGCAGACUUCAUCCCGACCUGUGUAGACAGCCACACGGAAGCGUACAUGACGAGUGAUCAAGUUCGUGCUAUUAUCUUCGAUCUGUUCCCCAAGACAAAGGCCGAGUACAAAUUAGCACUCCUAAAGGCAAAAAAGCGCAAGCGGAGCGAUCUUAUAAAUCACACUAUCAAGCCCUGCAUUCCACUUAUUGAAGGCAUGACUACAAAGUGGCAUAACGUCGCAAGCACAGCGUUAGUGGAAAUCAUCAUGGAUUUAAACUAUAGUCUAGGCUUCGCACCGACAAGGUUGCUUCGUGACGUCAAUGGGAACUACAACGAACAGGAAGUAAGAGUUUUUGUGAAAGAGGCUUGGAAGUUGGUUGGGGAUGCGGCUUGGGAUCGACAGUAUGGACCGAUGUGCAAGUAUGGCCAGUGCCUGGAAAAGAAGGCUAGUGAGGCAGAAUAUGAGGGUGAGAAUCGUUCAGACGAAGAACCGCAAACGGAAGAUGACGAUGAAGGGAUCAAGUUUCCAUCUCGACCUGAAGGCUUUCGUCAGACAUGUAAUGUCAUCAAAUCAGGACGUUACACUCGUGAGGGUGACGAGGACAGUGCUUUCGAGACCAUAUAUUGCGAAGACAGCGAUGAAGAGACAGGAGGUCUUUUCAAGAAGCCUGAUUAUCGUGACCAUGACUAUUCGAAGCACAGCAGAUUGGACAAUUUGUUACCGAAGAAUAUUGACCGAUGGAUGGAUUGUGUAAAGCAGAAGAAGGGGAAUACCAUCGAUCCAGACUUGUUAGAAGGCUUGAACAUGUGGGCUUAA